AUGACGAUGACCCAUCCACACUCACGACUCACGAUCCACACAUCCACGCUCUUUGAUCCCAGACAGAAGAAAUUUCUAUCCGAUGUCUCCAUCACAGUUGAUACAAUCACUGGAUUGAUAACAAGUAUCAUUACUCGAGAUGAUAUGGCUUUCCCGCUUCCAGAUCCAUUACCUGAUGAUGCUAUUGACCUUCGCGGGAGGUUCGUGAUGCCAGGCUUCGUGAAUGCGCAUACACAUAUCUUCUCUCAGAACACUACACCGAUCGCUCAUCCAGAUUUGAAUCCAGGACUGAACCUUCGGAGCACAGAAUUAAAUGUCAGAUUCGGAGUGGAUACACUACUCAGUGCUUCCUGGUGCGGCGACACGGAGAUAUCCUCGUCAACUUCACCUACUCUUGGCUUCUUAAAGCGGGAAGAGAGUUCGACAGAGCGCAUCAUCCGCGCUGUAAAUCAUGCUCAGACGGCUCUCCUCGCGGGAUAUACGACAUACCGAGAUCUAGGAUCCGAGGGGAUGAAAGACGCAGAUACAGAACUCCGCAACGCCAUUUCCAAGGGGUUGAUUCCAGGUCCUAGGCUCUUCGUCGCCACGCGACCACUUGCGAGCGGUGAUACAUUCGGAAUGCACGAUGGGAGGAGUGCGAGGGAUAGCUGUAUACCUGUUGGUGCAGAAGGUGUGAAUGGCGUCGAGGAGAUCAGGUAUGCGGUGAGGAAGAGAAUCAUUGCCGGCGCGGACGUGAUCAGUUUCUUCGCCGACUAUCCGAGGAAGACGAAGACGAAGCGAGCGCCAUCGAGGCAGCAGCAUCCAUACACGGCAGGAGUGCUCUGUCUACUGAAAGGGCUGAAUCCGGAUUUCGUGACGUUCUCCCAAGAGGAGAUGGAUAUGAUUGUUGCUGAGGCGAGAUUAGCUAGGCGGCCUGUUGCUGCCAGUUGUGAGAGCUUGGAGGGCGCGAUGGCGGCCAUUAAGGCGGGUGUGAGGAGUAUUGAGGGGGGCUAUGGGGUUACGGAGGGGAUUAUGAGGGCUAUGGCUGAGAAGGGGGUUAUUCUUGUGCCGAAUCUCGCGAGUGCUGAGGUUUUGCAACCGUUGAGGUUGCCGGCUUUGUCGAAGCAGACGAAAAGGGCGUAUGAUCUUGGAGUGAGGCUUGCGUGUGGGGGACGUACGGGAAUUCUGAGACAUGGUGAUAAAGUGAGAGAAAUGGAAUUGAUGGUCGAAUGCGGGAUCCCGCUGGAGGAUGUGUUGGAGAGCUGUAUGGUUGGUGGGUGGGAAAGUUGUGGAGGUGCUCUUUGUGGUCGGAGGUUUGGGUGGUUUGAGGAAGGCACGCAGGCUGAUAUCAUUGCUUUUGAGAUGGACCCAAGGGUGGAUAUUGGUGCAUUGAAGAGUGUGGAUUUCGUGAUGAAAGAUGCAAAAGUUUGGAAGUUGAAUGGAAAUGCAGUUGAGAAUCUCUAG